UCAACAAGAAACAAUGAUAGACGAUGAUCGAUUAGACUCUGGAAUAUGUAUCUCAUCCACCAAAAAAUCAACAACUGUUUCAUCUUCAAAAAAUGAAAGUUUAGAACUUUGGGUCGAUGAUUUAUUAAAGGAAUUUAAUAAUAUCGUCUCAAUUAAUUUAAACAUUGACCCAAAUCAAGAUAGAGUUAAACAAUUAAUUAAAAAGAUUAACGAAGGACUAAAUAGAACUCCAGAUAAUCAUAAUAAUGAAAAAAUACUUGAUGUAAAGAAAGAUCCUACCCUUAACGUGCGAAGAAUUGGUAAAAUUGUAGGUGAAAAAUGGAGAAAGUUACCCGAUGAUAUGAAAGAGAGUUAUAAAGCGAGAUAUCUUCAAGAAAGAGAAGAGUAUAAGAAGAAUUAUGAGAAAUGGUAUAAUUCUUUGACAGUAGAUGAUAUUAAACUUGAGAAUAAACAUCGUAAAUUGAGAAAGAGACGAGGAAAAAAACUUUUGAAAAUUCCAAAUAUGCCCAAAAGACCAACCAGUCCUUAUAUUUAUUUCGUUGUAAAAAAUAUGGAUGUAAAUGAUGGUGAAAAGUCUACAGUUCGUGUGUCCAAACUUGCAGAAAAAUGGAGAAAUUUAUUGGAUAAAGAAAAGAAGAUCUACCAAGAUUUAAGUGAAAAGGAUAAAAAGAGAUAUUUAGACGAGAUG